AUGUCAAAUACUGACGAUGAAACAAGUACCUUGUUUCGUGAUUCAAUUCUAAAUUAUUUCACAAGUAAAAGAAAUGUAAUCAAAUUGUUAAGUGACAAAUUGGAUGGGUUAGAAUUACUCGAAACGGAUGAAUCGGUAGAGAAAUAUUUAGAAGGAUGUGAGUACCCUUGCAAUUGUAAUUUUACCAAUGUGAACGCUGAAUUCGAUCUCAAGCCCAUCAGGUUAAAUACACAGCAUGUAAAAAAUCAGGACAGUAUCUCCAACGUGUCAUCGUUAUUUGAAAGAACCAGUGAAGAUUAUAAAAUGAAAAUUCAAGAAGAAUUUGAAAAUGUAUCCAUCUGUACAGAUUAUGGUAACGAACCUCUACAAGAAUUUCAAGAUGCAGUCAUGGCCUGUGUCACAUAUCCAAUUUGGUAUAUAAACAAUGAGGAUGAUGUUGGCGAUUAUAUAGCCGACCUUGUAGAAUACUAUGAACCACUAGUUGGCGAUUUGGAGCUAAUGGAGGAGAUCUUGAAAGUAUUCAUGGUAUUUGGACAAGAAUAUCAUAUUUUAAAUAGCGAAUGGUUCUAUAGUUUUGAGUUAGAUACCUUCUUUAAAAUUGUAGUUUAG